CUUCAGCAUAGAUCCGCCAUUGUCAAAUCUUCCAAUUUGACGCCAUUACAGACGCAUCCACAGUUCUCCAUCUUCGUAACUUUGCACCAAUUGCAUCAUCAUGAUCAGAAGAGAAACAAUGGAAUUUCCUUCAUAUUCUCAUCUUAAAAAGGUUUGAAUUUGAUAAUCUGUUGAUCGCGUUUUUGUGGAUUGUUUGAUCUGAAAGAGGUAUUUUUGAAUACCCUUUUGCUUGAAUCGAAUAUAUUUUAGCGGUAGAAAGAAGUUUACGGACGAAUAUAUAAUUUAUUUUAGGGUUAGGGUUUCGGGGAUCUGUCGUUUUGCUGUUGAUUAGCAAGUUAGUUUUUUUUUGAUGUUCUGCUGUGAAAAUUUUUGGUGAUUGAAAGUGGGAAGCUGUUCUUUUGCUGUAGAAGUUUGGGUUGAUUUAGGUUGGAAAUUGCUGAAGUUUAGUCUUUUGUUGAUAAUGAGGGGGGAGAGGAGAUUUGGAGGAGAUGCUAGAGGUCCACCACGGUUGCCGGAAAGGAGAAAGGAUCGUGGUUACUCGCCUCGACAGAGGAAUAGGAACAGGGAUUACUCGUCUCCACGGAGAAUUAGGGAUGAGGGUUACUCGCCUAGACGGAGGAUAAGAGACAGGGAUUAUGUGUCUCCACGGAGGAUUAGGGGCUCACCCCCAAUGAGGAUUCAAGAGCGGAAGAACUCACCACCAAGGAGGUAUCAGGGGCGUGAAUACUCACCCGUGGAAACUAACAGGAACCGCGAUCGCUCACCACCAGUAAGGAGACGGAACCAGGAAUACUCACCACCAGGAAGGAAUAGGAACAUGGAGAUUUCGCCACCAGCAAGGACUAGGAACUGGGAGCAGCACUCACCAGGAAGGAAUAGGAACAGGGAGAUUUCGCCACCAGCAAGGACUAGGAACUGGGAGCAGCACUCACCAGGAAGGAAUAGGAACAGGGAGAUUUCGCCACCAGCAAGGACUAGGAACUGGGAGCAGCGCUCACCACGUGGACGGAGUAGGGAGCGUCACCUUUCACCUAGUGGCCAGAUGAUUGGUGAACAGCAGGGUGAGUACUUUCACGAGCUUGAGAGGUCGAGAAGGAUGGGAAUUGAUGGUGGUGGAGACUUUGGAGAGUUGCAGAAUGCCCGACCCUUGAAUUAUGUUGGUGGAGAUAGAGACUAUGGGCCAUCUCAGAGCUUGAGAAUCUCUGAUCGUGAUAGAGGAAACACUGACAUUCCUGGUGAACAUUCACACAGGCUGCAUGAGAUAAAGGAGGGCUCAGGGAAUGAGGACUCAACUUCCAAUAAGUAUCCAUGGAGCCAUUUGUUAGAUAAGCCUAGAAAGUUUGAUACUGUUAAUGGGUCCAGAGACUAUGGAGUUAGUGGUAGUAGAGUAAGCAGCGAGAGAGAUAAUCGUGGAAGGCCCUAUCCGGGUUUUGUGGAUGGUAGCAUUUCUUCAGAAGCUGAUAAGAGGGCAUUGUACUCUUCAUACGAAUCUCAUCUCCCUGAUGUUGGUGUACAACCAAGAAUCUCUGGCAUUGGAAAUAGUGGUGGCUACUCAUUGCCAUCACGUUAUUUGGAUGCUGAUCCUCUCAAAGAGGAGGAAAUACAUUUACAAGAAGGGUUUCAUUCUCAUAAAGCAGCAGGAGGAAGAGUGCCGUCAUCAAUGGACCCAUACAUGGAGGAAUCCUUGAAGACCAGACGAUAUCCAGAAUUCAAUACUGACUACAUGAUAUCGUCAUCUCAUUCUAACAUGGUGCCCGGAGUUAAUAAGGAUGAUAUCACCAGUUCAUAUAGUAUAGAGGGCCAAAUUUGUUCACAUGGAGGUAGACUGGACAAUGGAAAGGCUAUUGAGUCUAUUGGCCAUGCCGGAUAUGAUAAAAAUCCCAGGACCAUAUCUUCCCUGAACCCUGAAAAGCAAGUUAGUGGUUUCAGGAACUACACGGAGUCUUACUUUGGUCGAGCUGAGGAAAGGCGUGAAACAUAUAGUUAUUCUGACAUUCAAAGAGGUGAAGUUGGUAGUCCUAAUGCCCUGUCUAGUGAAUUCUAUGGGAAGAGGGUGGGUUCUGGAGAAGCACAUUUUCAAGAUGUUCCAAGGAAUAACAUGGGAUUGGGCAAAUAUGAUGAAUUUUCUCAUCGGGAGAUUUUGAUGGAAGAUAAGCCACGGGAAUCUCUUUUUUCUUCACAAAGACGGUCAACGCCGGAUUAUUUUGAGUCCCGCAGAGCACUAGACCAAAGAAAGCCAGAUGUGGACAUAUUGGAUUAUGGGGCUAAUCGUCUACAGUAUGAAAAUGAAACACAUCGAGGCUAUGAAAGCUCCCGUAAAAGAGAGCUUCAUAAGUAUCAGAUGGAUGAUGAUCUUCUAGAAAGAUCUGAUGCCUUGUAUAGAGAACAUGACCCCCAUUUAGAGAAGAUAGAGGCAGGUUCUCGUGAAAGAUUUAUUUCAAGGGACUUGCCUGGAUCAUCUAAUCUUUCUCUUAGAGAAAAACAUGGCACAAUGAGCAAUCGUAGUGCCGGAAUUAUGAUUUCAAGUGAUAUAAGGAGUGCACACAUAACCCAUGAUCGUGAAGAUGCUGAUGAAAUGCGGAUCAGUAGGGAUAUGGAUUCUGUAGUUAUGUCUAGAAAGCCAAAUGUCCCGCGCUCCAAAUAUGUGAAGAAUGGUAGGCCACACAAAGCCGCUGCCACUAAUAGUUCCACCAGAAACCUUUCAGUGUCCAUGUUGAGACGUACAAGCAAAUUUAGUAAAUCUGGUGGAAGUGAUAUAAAGAAGCGGCUGGGUCCACGUUACCAGAAUGUUGAUGUUGAACACCCACUAGGAACAAAAUAUAAAUCUUCACUGAAGAAGCGUUUGGGACCCCGUUUAGUGAAGAAUCAUGCUCCUCCACCAUGGGUGAAAAAGUUCAAUUCUCAUGAGCUCUCUAGAAAUCAAGAUGCUUUAGAUGAAAGUGUUGCUGAACAAGGUGAUGACCCCAAAGAAGGUAUUACUACUACAGCAAAAACUGAACCUCCUGAGAACUCUAAGGAUUUUAAGCAGCUGGUCCAAAAUGCCUUCUUCAGGUUCGUGAGGCACUUGAAUGAGACUCCAGCUAAAAGAAGAAAAUACAGUGAGCAAGCUGGUAGUUUAAAGUGCCUCGUGUGUGGCAGAGAUUCAGAAGAGUUCGCAGACUCAGAAAGCCUCGUGCGUCAUGCAUUAACAUCCUCUAAGGCUGGUCUCAGAUCACAGCACUUAGGCUUUCACAAAGCUUUAUGUGCUUUGAUGGGAUGGAAGAGUGCAGAUUCUCAUGAAGAUAGUUGGGUUCGUGAAAAGCUAUCCAAUGCUGAAACUGUGGCUUUGAAGGAAGAUCUAAUCAUCUGGCCUCCAGUUGUUAUCAUCCAUAACAGUUCCAUAAAUAGCAGCAAUCCGGAUCAGCGUGUGGUUGUAUCAGCUGAAGAGCUCGAGUCUAAGCUGAGAGAUAUGGGCUUCGGGGAGAAGGCCAAGGUUUCUCGUGGUAAACCUGCAAAUCAGAGUAUUCUUAUGGUGAAGUUUAGCGCUACCCUCUCAGGUUUGGAAGAAGCAGUAAGACUUUGCGACAUAUAUGCCCAUAGGAAGCAUGGAAGGGCGGAGUUCCAGCGUAUCAGUUCUGGUCACUCUGGAAACAAUGACGAUGAAACUAAAGAACCAUUGACAGAUAAGGUAGGUAAAAUCCUUUAUGGUUACCUUGGAAUUGCAGAAGACCUGGACAAAGUUGAUUUUGAAACAAAGAAACGAAGUUCUGUGAGGAGCAAAAAGCAGAUCAAGGAUAUUGCAGUUGCGCCUUAAGAAGGAAGACCAAGUUUUAGUUUGGCAGGGCAAAAAUAUAUGUUCUGAAUGAUAGCUAGACACUUUGGCUUUUGCUUUUGCUUUUGCUUUUGCUUGUAGUUAAUUAUAUUUUGCUAUCUAACUUGAUGAAAGUAGAUACUCCCAAAUAUGUCUUUAAAACACAGGCUUGGAAAUGGUUAUAUUAUAAAUACUUUUGCCCAUUCUUGCUUA